CUUUUUCCUCUCGACAUAGUUGUUUGACUGUCGGCGUUUAGGCGGUUGACGGGAAAGCGGAACUAGCUAACUAAACUAGCGAGCUAGCAGCACAUUAGCCGAGUUGCCCCAGGAGCCUGCCCCUUGUUUACCACACUGCAGAGCACAACAGCAAGCUUUAAGACAAUGCCGCAGAAUAUCGAGCUCGGUGCCGCAGGAGGAGCCUCCAAACAGGACAGCAGCAACAUGGAAGACAUGACUGUGGAACAGAUGACCAUGAGGGCCAACCAAGUGACUGACGAGUCACUGGAAAGCACACGCAGGAUGCUGCAGAUGGCAGAGGAGAGCAAACAGACUGGCAUCAACACCAUGGUGAUGUUGGACCAGCAAGGAGAGCAGCUGAGGCGUGUGGACGAGGGCAUGGACCAGAUCAACCAGGACAUGAGACAGGCUGAGAAAAACCUGACUGACCUCUCCAAGUGCUGCGGCCUCUGUGUCUGCCCCUGUGACAGGGUGUCUUCAAUCGAGCACGACUCAAAAUACAAGCGUACCUGGGGUAUUGGAGGAGGUGACGGCGAAAUUGAUUCCAAUGGCUCAAAAGUAGUCUCAAGGCAGCCCUCAGGUGUCCGUAAUGGCCAGGCUGCCCAGGCGAGCGCCCCGGCGCCCUCAGGCCCAUACGUCAAGAGGAUAACCAACGAUGCACGCGAGGAUGAGAUGGAGGAGAAUCUGGAUGCUGUGGGCAGCAUCAUUGGCAACCUGAAAACUAUGGCUAUGGACAUGGGCAGUGAGAUAGACAAGCAGAACAAACAGAUCGACGGCAUCACUGCCAAGGCGGACAUGAACAAACUUCGCAUCGAUGAAGCCAACCAGAGAGCCAACAAGCUCAUCAAGUAGACGAGGAACCCCGCUUCCACCAGUUUUAUCCAUCAACCUUGAGCCUCUGUCGCUGCACCCAUACACACACACACACACACACUGCCUUGUUGUGCACAUGCACAAACACACACUCUUAGACAUAAAAAAAAAAUUCAGUCCGGAAGAAUAUCUUUGCCAGCAGUGUGCCUGCCUUUACUGCACCAAGAUGUAAGUUGAAUACACAAACAUUUAUACAUUUUAUAAAUUGACUACCAAUAUAGCCUUUGACAUAUGUAUUUCAUAGUCAUGCUGGACUUUGAGAAGCAGGCUGGGCAUCAGAAACUGCACCCAGAUGUGACUGACUGCCUAUACCUGCUGUUUGAUACCAAAUAUGCACAAGACCUGUUGUAUCAUAUCUCAUUCACAAGAAGGAAAGCGGCACAGGUCUGCUGCUUUUCUUUCUUAUUUUUUCCUCUUUUUUUGCCUUUCUCUUAAAUUCAGGAACUAUGAACUUUCUCUCUUUGUCUGUGUGCGUCUGUGGUUUGUAUGGAUGAGGUCACAGAUACAGACUCAUUAACUAUCUUUUAGUGAUAUACAGCACAGCGUUAACUUAUGUGUCAGCCCCUGUUGGUCCUGUCUCGAUACAGCUACAUCUAGUUAAAUCAAAAAAACAUUGAUUUUAGUCUGAGAAUGUAUCUUCCUCAAAUUCGUAUUGGUUCAAUGUGUAAUUAAGUUUAUUGUAUCAUGUAUUGUUUUGAGAUGACAUGCUUAUUUAAUUAUUCUUUAUCAAGCAGAAAUGACCUGUGGAUAAAGUUGUGUUUUUUAACACUUUGUUCUCAUGUCAUUUGUGCCAUUUGAGAUGUAAAAGCUAUUUCAAAAGAUAUCAAAUGUUGUGCUUUGGGGGUGAGUCAUGGCAAAUUCUUUCAUGCUGGCUUUCAAAGCACCUACCCCUGAAUGAUGGCAAUUUAAAGUUUUCAUUUUCUGACUACUGAGAAGUCAAGGUUGUUUGUAACAUUUUGCGAAAAAGAAUUGUGAGGCGGUGACCUGGUAGAAAUUUUAAUAUAUAUAUAUAUAGCAAUCACUUGUCCUUCAAAUGUGAAGGAGGGUCAGUACGCAUCAUGAGGAACGUUCAUCAUUAGCUCCUCCAAGGAAUCUAGUUUAGUUUAUAAUAACACUGAAUAUGGGAAACACGAGUGAAUGGUUGAAUAAAAGUUGAUUUGUCAUCAGUGGAUCAACUGCUGUACUUCAUAUUUAGCGGCUCUCUAGGUUUUUCCACUCUGAGCGCAGUGUUGAUGUACAUACUGAAACAUACUAUAGCUAUAGUCAUUCUGUUAAUCUAAUUCUAUUCUUCUUUCUGCGUUACCUCCUGGUUAAUAAAGAUUUAUAGCACCCAAGAGGAGAUUUAACAGCCUAUGCAGGGUUCCUACACAAGUCUGGUUAUGUGUGGAAAAUUAAUUUUCCUCAAGUUUGAUAAUUGCAGUCUGUAUGAAAACAAAUGUUCAGUCCUGAAACAGACGGCUGUACAUUGUUUAAUCUACUAUCAUUUCUCAUAUUAGCUCACUGGGUCACUGUCAUUAUGGCAUAUGCAGCGGUUUUGUCAUAAUGAAAAUGACUGAGAAUCUUACAAUUUAAAGCUAUCAGUCAGGAAAAUGUUUAAAUUUAGGAAUGGGAGAAUGUGCAGGAACCCUGUAAAUGCCUUUUUAUAGAUGGUCUAUGGUUGUGUUCUAACAGCCAGUGUAUCACAAACAGCUCCUCUUGCAUCUGUUCUGUAAAUAGCCAGUUUUCACAGCAGGGCUACAGUAAAAUGAUAAUAUCUGAUCAUGGAAAGCAUAAUUUGCUUUGUCAAAGCCGUAGCAAGGCUGAGAAAUUACUGCUGGCAGCAAGAUGCAAAAGUAUACAUGUAAAUGAAUGAUGUUUAAGGGGUAAACGUAGAAGCAGAAUAAGUUGUGGCGGGCUGUUAAGGCCUCGCUGUGGGAAAUUGGCUAAUGAUAAAGUGAUACAGUAUGCUGAAAGUAUCUCUCAUAUGCAUCUUCUGGCUUGUUUGUUUUGGGAAAAAAAUGAUAAUUUGUGUUCUCUGCUGCAGGCAUACACCUAUUGAGUUUGUAAAGAUUGAAAUGAACUGUUAUUCAGGGCUUUGUAUUGCUAUAAGUGAUCACCCUCAGCCCGUUACUUGUCAGCUGAGAUCUAAUUAGUCUAGCCUAAGGCCGCCUCGCUGUCCUGAGGCUGUUUAUUCAUUGUUGUACCAACAGCCACUGGAAUGUAAAUCCAACCGUUUUGUCUAUUUUGAAUAUGUUCAUAUGCAGGUCGUCUUAUCUGAAAUUAGCUUGGUUAACGGAUGACUGUACAACAAAGUAAAAAUGCCUUUUGUUUUCACGGCUGCCUCUGUUAAAUAUUUGUACUCAAUAAAUCUAUUUUGAAAUUCA